CACUCCGAAACUCUCACCCUCAGAAGCUCUGAGAGCCAUUUUUGUUUCAUGGCAGAGAGCACGGCAAGCUCUCAUUUCAAUGCUCUCAGAAGGGACUCGGUAAAAGACACCUGAAGUCCUUAUGCAUACCAGCUGUGAAGGUGCACCAUGAAUUUUGAAGAGCAGGGCAUGGGGAGGGUAGUCCAUUCCUGGGCCAGAUUUGCCCCAGCUGGACACACUGCCCUUGAAGAGGCCCUGAGGGUCUUUAACCCCAUGUCCAAGGAUCUGUCAAACACUGAGAGACAAAUGAUGUCCUUUCUUCAAGAGCUGAGGAAAGAAGGAGCCAAGCCUGUAAUUUUGAGGAGCAAAGAUGUGUACGGAUACACGUCUUGCACCACAGAGCCAAUAUCUUCCAAGAUUGGCAGCAAGGUUCAGAAGGUGCAGAAACCUUGCAAGAAGCGAGGACGGAAAGGUUUGAGCAAGACCAAGGAUGUGAAUUACUCGAUGCUCAGUAGAGCAGCAAAGGACAUUCUCCAAAACCAACCCAAGAUUCUGCUUACCAAUCUCUCGGUGGACCGUCUUAAGCAGAAUGUUGCAACGGCAAUGCUAGAUAAACAUUCUGUUCAAGCGCAGCAGUGCCUCAAGCUAACAAACAUAAAGGGGUUGAGCGGAGGCCACACAGCAAGGCUGCAAAUUCACUUUGGUGCUGAUUCGAAAAGCGCACCCAGUUUUGCUGUGGGACGGCCACCGGAUCGCUCUGGAAUUCCGUACUCUCCCACAGAAAAUGGAAGUCAGACAUCAAACGUAGUUGCCUUGGACAACAAACGCGUUUUGUCAUGUCCGUUCAAAGUAGAUGAUGCCCUUAUUGGAGACUCUGCCCCAGUAGUCUGUCAAAAUGGGUUUGGUCUUAAAGAUGGUAGCAUUUAUAAGAACAUCGGAAUGGUGUCAGGUAAACCUGAUGUGAUGACCAGUGGUCUAGACAAUGGUUCAGUGAGGAGACUCCAUUUUCAAAGCUUCAACUGGUCCCAGUCGACACUCACCAAUGGACAAGACGUUUCUAGACUGAAUGGCAAUGGUCUCGAGUGGAAGGUUAUAAAAGUCGACGAUUCUGUCACAGACGAGGAGGUGAGGAGGAAGGCACAGAAAAUCUUGCAAGUUAACUUGUCGCCUGUGAUACAGAUCCAUCCCCUUCUUGACUCUGUAUAGACUUUUGCUGGGGAUUUGUUUUUGUUUCCUCUUUUGUUAAGUUUUCUUGUUUUGCAGAGUUGCAUUUUUUUGGAAACGAACCCUAGGUUAACUCUGGAUGGGAGCAUUACAGUUACCUCCAAAUUUUGCAAUUAUCGUCAAGUAGUUACUGACAUCAUAAUCCAAAGAUGGGAUGCUUUUUUUCCUGCUCUCACAGUAUUUUGUUUCCCCAACACAUCCCAAACUUUUUUUGUAUUUUUUUAUCUAACUUCUGAAGGAUUGGACUGAUGAACAAACCCUUAUUUAUGACUAUGCAGUUCCCAGAGUGCUCCUUUUGUUGGAAUAUUGUGGGCAUGGACUGCUGUCUUACUGGAUAAUGGGAACAGACUGAAUUUGUAGAGUGAUUUAUUACAUGCUACUGCUUGAAAAGACAAUGAUAGCCUAAACUAAGUUUGUCUUUGUUUUCUACAUCCUUCGAUCCUGUUGAUGUCAAUGUUGCCCAGGUUUUUUUUUUUGACAUCACCAGUUUUGUAAUGUUAGUCUGCCGGCAUAGACUGCAUAUGAUAUUUUUAGUUUAGAUUCUAACAUGUUCAAUUUGGGGGCACUUUUUUGAAUAUUAAUUUAAUUUCAGGGCAAAAUAAAUGGCCUUAUUCUUUGAGAAGAGUGAAAAAUAACUGAAUCUUUGUACUCUUUCCUUCUCAACGUACUUGUUUCAUUCUGCAAUCCACUACUCAUAAAUUCCUCAAAUUUUUAUUUUAAUGUGCCAACCCUGGUAUUUCAUUUCUUCAAAGUUGUGUUGGUGCCAUGAACACAAGGAAUUGAAAAAAAAAGUUGCUUCAUUUUCUGAGUUCUCAGCAUCCUGUCAAGCAGUGGACUUGCCUGUCCAUUGAUUGAACGUACCUCAAACACUUGAAUAGGAUAUGUUGUUGUCCUUAAUCCUGUAGUUAAUUAUAUAUAUCUUUCAUUCCAUACAUCCAGGAGUUGGUUGGUCCAUGUUUCUGUUUGUUAAAUUGUUGCCAUCUUGAUUGCCUUCUACACGUUUAAC